GAGAGAUCCAUGUCCCUAGCAAAAAAUCAACUUUCAAUCAUUGAGACCAGCAGUAACAUAUUGACCGGUCUUCGUUUUCAUUUUAUACAUGCAAUUAUAUGUGAGUGGCUGCAUAUAAAGACUAGCAGGAGGAGCCAAUCUUUCACUACGCAAAACCAUAUUCUCACUUACAAGCUUCUACUUCACUUUUGUUUUUUUUCCUGUCCCGAAUCUAAGAAAUGGCGGAAAGAGUUCUCUUCAACGUUGCAGGAGGGAUCAUUGAGAGGCUAGGCUCCCUUGCUUUCAAAGAGAUUGGAUUGAUUUGGGGUGUCGAAGAUGAGUUCCGGAAGCUUAAGGAGACAGUUGCAGGAUUUCAAGCCGUUCUUCUUGACGCUGAGCAAAAGCAAGCCAACAAUGAAACCAAAUGGUGGCUCGACAGCGCAGAAAAUGCAGUCUAUGAAGCCGAUGACGUGCUGGAUGAGUUUAAUACUGAAGCUCAACGGAGACAAAUAGUGCCUGGAAAUACAAAGGUACCAAAAAAGGUGCUCCUUUUCUUUUCUUGCUCAAAUCAACUUUUUGGGCUAAAAAUGGGUCAUAAGAUAAAAGAUAUUAACAAGAGGCUUAGUGAAGUUGCUUCUCGUAGACCCAAUGACUUAAAAGAUAAUUGUGUAGAUACACAAUUCAUAGUGAGAGAGAGGGUCAAUCACUCAUUUGUUCCUAAGGAAAAUAUUAUUAUAGGGAGAGAUGAAGAUGUAAAGGCAAUAAUCCAACUUUUGUUGGGUCCUAACUCAACUGAGAAUGUGUCAACCAUUUCCAUAGUUGGAUUUGGAGGAUUGGGGAAAACUGCACUUGCCCGACUCAUAUUCAACGAUGAUGUGAUUCAAAAUCAUUUUGAGUUGAAAAUAUGGACAUGUGUCUCUAACGUAUUUGAGUUGGAUAUAGUUGUUAAGAAAAUCCUUCAAUCCGAACAUAAUGGGAUAGAGCAGUUGCAAAAUGAACUUAGGAGAAAAGUAGAUGGGAAAAAGUACCUACUGGUGCUGGAUGAUGUGUGGAAUGAGGAGCGAGAGAAAUGGCUUAACUUGAAGUACUUGUUAAUGGGUGGUGGAAAAGGUAGUAGAAUCCUAAUAACCACUCGUAGUGAAAUCGUUGCGACGACAUCAGACACUAAACCAUACACCUUAAGGGGCUUGGAUGAAAAGCAAAGUUGGUCUUUAUUUAAGGAAAUGGCUUUUAUAGAUGGAAAAGAGCUAGAGAAUUCAACAAUUAAGGAAGUUGGGAUGGAGGUUGCAAGAAAAUGUAAGGGAGUUCCACUCGCUAUAAGAACGAUGGGUGGGAUGUUGCGCACCAAACAUCAUGAAAUAGAAUGGUUUAAUAUCAAAGAUAGGAAACUUUCAAAAAUAAGUAAAAAAGAAGAUGACAUUUUACCAACACUUAAACUAAGUUAUGAUGUGCUCCCAUCACAUUUGAAGCAUUGUUUUGCUUAUUGUAGCUUGUUCCCACCUGAUUAUGAGAUCUCUGUACCAAGAUUGAUUAGACUUUGGGUGGCACAAGGGUUCAUUGAGUCAUGCGAUGAAAACGAGUGUUUGGAGGAUGUUGCGUUUGAAUAUUACAGGGAAUUGUUGUGCAGAUCGUUUUUUCAAGAAGAAAAAAUAGAUGAGUUUGGUAUAAUAAGAAGUUGUAAAUUGCACGAUCUCAUGAAUGAACUUGCAAUCUUAGUGUCGGGGGUCGGAAGUGUCGUAGUUGAUUUGAACCAAAAGAAUUUUCAUGAAAAGCUUCGUCAUCUAUCUUUCAAUUUUGAUAUUGAUUUGUCGAAAUGGGAAGUGCCAACAUCCUUGCUAAAAGCAAGCAAGAUACGAACCUUUCUUUUUCUUCAACAAGCUUGGGGUGAUCGUCAAAGUUCCUCACGUAAUGCAUUUUAUACUACAAUUAUUUCAAAUUUUAAGUUAUUACGGAUGUUGAGUCUCAAUAACUUGAGAAUUAAAAGAGUACCUAAAUGUCUUAAAAAAAUGAAACAUUUGAGAUAUCUUGAUCUUAGUCGUAAUAUGAUCAAGAGACUUCCAGAUUGGAUAGUUGAACUUUUGAAUUUGGAAACACUAGAUCUGACAGCCUGUCGGAAGCUUGUGGAAUUGCCUAGAGACAUUAAAAAAAUGAUCAACUUAAGGCAUCUCAUCUUGGAAGGGUGUUGGGAAUUGAGUGGAAUGCCACGUGGAAUUGGUGAAUUGAAUGGUGUUCGUACAUUGAAUAGAUUUGUUUUGAGCGAAAGCAAUUGUUUGGGGAGGGGCGGUAGUGCUGGUCUUGCUGAGCUGGGGACCCUUAACGAAUUAAGGGGACGGUUACUUAUUUAUAAUUUGAGGCAUGUGGUGUCAGAAUCAAAUGUUGGUACACCUCUCAAGGACAAACAGCAUCUCCAUUCGUUGGAAUUAUUCUGGAAAUAUAGAGAAGAUGUAAGGGGAGUUGAUGAGGAGGAUAUUAUAAAGUCAAUGGAAGUAUUGCAACCCCAUUCUAAUCUAAAGCAGUUGUUGGUGUAUGAGUAUAGAGGUGUGAGGUUUGCGAGUUGGUUUUCUUCUCUCAUAAAUAUUGUUAAUCUCAGAUUGUAUAGGUGUGAGAGAUGCCAACGUCUUCCGCCCUUGGAUCAUUUGCCUUCCCUUAAGAAACUUGAACUUGAAUGGUUGGAGAAGUUGGAGUACAUAUCAGAGAAUGAGAGAAGUAAUAGUAUCAGUGAUGAGAUGAUGAGGAUCUCAUUCUUUCCCUCCCUGGAGACACUCAAGAUGGUAUAUUGCCCUGUUCUGAAGGGAUGGUGGAGGGCCCACACUCAUAACAGUGCUUCUUCUUCUUCAUCAACUGAAAUUCUGUCGUUACCCUCUUUUCCCUCUCUUUCUACAUUGUCUAUUGAUGAGUGUCCUAAUCUAACUUCCAUGCCUCUGUAUCCAAAUUUGGAGAGAGUAGAUCUUGCGAAUUCCAGCUGGAAGGUGGUUGAUUCCUUGCUUGUGAGAGGAGCAUCUGAUAUUACACAUGAUGUUGGUGUUGAUGUUUCUGCCUCUUCUUCUUCCCCUCAUCUCUCCAAAUUAACACAUCUGACACUCAAUGGAAUUGAGGAUUUGGAAUUUAUACCGUCGAAAGGGAUCGCCAAUCUCACGUCACUUCAGGAGCUUGUAAUUAAACAAUGCCCAAAUUUGGCAGCACUACGGGAAGGGAUCGCCAACCUCACAUCACUCCAAUCGCUUAGGAUUAAAUAUUGCCCAAAUUUGGCAGCACUACCGGAAGGGAUCGCCAACCUCACAUCACUCCAAUCGCUUAAGGUUGAAGAUUGCCCAAAUUUGGCAGCACUACCGGAAGGGGUCGCCAACCUCACAUCACUCCACUCGCUUAGGAUUGAAGAUUGCCCAAAUUUGGUAGCACUACCGGAAGGGAUCGCCAACCUCACAUCACUCCAAUCGCUUAGGAUUGAAGAUUGCCCAAAUUUGGCAGCACUACCGGAAGGGAUCGCCAACCUCACAUCACUCCAAUCGCUUUCCAUUGGAAAUUUUCCAAAUUUGGCAGCACUACCGGAAGGGAUCGCCAACCUCACAUCACUCCAAUCGCUUUCCAUUGGAAAUUUUCCAAAUUUGGCAGCACUACCAGAAGAAAUAAGCAAUCUCACGUCAUUGCGGCGUCUUCAAAUUACUCAUUGCUCUGAUUUGGCAUCACUGCCAGAAGGGAUUCGUGGAUUCCCCUGUUUAAAUGCAUUGUACAUUUCUGAUUGCCCCAUGUUACUCCAAAGAUACAAGAAAGAAACUGGUGAGGACUGGCAUAAGAUUGCUCGUAUCCCAUACGUUAGUAUUGAUUAAGAUGACAUACCAUAUGGAUCAAAGAUUUCGUCCACACUUCUGCUUUCUCAAUGAGCAACACCAGUUCCACAGCAAAGCGGGUGUUCAUCUAGCACUUUUUGUGAUAGUGUUGUGAAGAUUGUGACGGAGCAAAUACUGUCAUGGCCCAGGGCAGGUGCUAAACUUGAUACUUGUGGAUAGUGGCCCGAAUACAAUGAAUUUGGAUGAAGGUUUCAAUGUUUCGGUAGGGAAUGCGCAUGGAACACGUUGGAGUCAUGAGCACACAUCUUCAUCAGAAGAGAAUAAUGUUUAUGCUUUAUUGUAGGAUUUUUAGGAUUGGAGUUGGCAGGAAUUGGCUCUAUUUCAUCUAUGAGAAAUGGUGCGCUGCAUGUAUUUGACUUGACAACAAGCUCCAAAGUCUUUGUUGUUGGACGUUCACAGGGAACAAUCAUGUCUUUAACUGCUCUCACCCAGCCAGAUAUAGCAGAACUAGUUGAAGUUGCCGCUCUUUUCUAUCCAAUAUCGUACUUGGAGCAUCACUUCUAAAUUUGCACCUAGAAUAGUCAACAUAUAUAUGUUGAUCAGUGAAUGGGGCGUCAACCUUUUGGAUUCAAUAUGUGAUGGUCAUGUUGACUGCUUGGUGUGGUUGUAUAUGAUUUUGCUUUUGAUUGUCGGGGUUUAGGUACUAUGUCCCCCCCGUUGUAUGUUUUUUAUUCAAGUAAUAUAAUAUGAGCGUGAGGGCCUAGCCCCCCAGCUUCGACUGGGUUCCAGCCCUCGUUAAA